UGGCACCUGUGAAGAGAGAGGGAGAGAGUGAUUCCAACACCUUGAACACUCGGCACGCUGCGGCUCGCUCUAGUGUUGUCUCCUGCGCUGUCCCUGCACACCUGUCUGCAACUGUACCCUCUUCUGUGCUCUCCCUCCUUCCUCUUACCUGCAGUACGAUGCGUGCGACUAUCCUGGUGCUGGUGUCCUUGGCGGCAAUGGUGGCAGCGGGCCCUACUAUGAAGAUGUACGAGAAGGCCAACGACAAAACCUACAAGCGGGUCCUGGUACCUGUGUCCUCCACCGUGAUCCCCCUCGAGGACUUGCCCGUGUUGAAGGUGGGCGCUGGUGUGGGCGUGGGCUCCUCCAUCACCAUUGACGAGAAGCUCCGGCCUGAAGGACCUGUGAAGCUGGUGACUAUUCACAGCCUCCGCAGGAACAAGAAGAAGAAGGCUGAGAGCGGUAAGGACGCUACUAGCGCUGCCCUUAUUGAAGAGCUCACUGAGGAGGAAUACAAAACCCUCACACAACAGGGCAGGAGUAACGCUAACGCCCUCCCGCCUCCUUCUACUCUCAAACAAGAGAAGGCGAAAAAUUAAGUCUGAUUGAACACCAAGUCGACGGUUCAUCGCACUUUCUUAAGAGCGAGGUGAAUGCAGUGUGUGUGUGUGUGUGUGUGUGUGUGUGUGUGUGUGUGUGUGUGUGUGUGUGUGUGUGUGUGUGUGUGUGUGUGUGUGUGUGUGUGUGUGUGCAACCCUCACCCUGGUUUCCCUCUUCUUAAUGUAUAAUUAUCUGGACCGUGGCCCGUUAUGCCUUUGACAUGAGAACCAACGAAAUGUAGUCAUGAUGCUCCUCUAGUCAGUCCAUUCACUCCCAAUGCAAAGAAA